AUGAUAAAAAAAAAUAAAGAUAAUAAAAAACAACAGCAACAACAACAACAACCAUCAAAUAAUAUAACAACAGAAACAACAGAAACAACAGAAACAACAACAACAACAACAACAACAAAUAAUAUUAAAACUAAAGAAUUUAAAUUUUUAGAAUUUGAAGAUAAAAUUAGAACAUCAAUAAAAAAUAACUCUUUUAAAGAUAUUACAUUAUUUCCAAAUUCAAAUAAAAAAAGAGAAACUAAAGUAUUAUCAUCAUUUUCAAAUUUAAGUAAUAGUACUCCAUUCAAGAGCCAAAUAUUUAAAAUUUUUGAAAACUCAUGGCAAUUAUUAUUAAUACCACAACACAAGAUUCCAAAGGAUAAUAAUCAAUGGCUUUCUAUAUAUUUAAUUUCAAAUGACUCAAAAGAUUUUAAUAAGAAUUUAAAAGUUGAUUUCUCCAUUGGACUGUAUAGCUAUAAAAAAGGGAAACCCCAUGUGAAAUCAAGAUCAUUCGAAUUUACAAAAAACAAACCAUACUCUGGAUUUACUGAUUUUAUACAUCAAAAUGAAGUUGAUGAUCUAGAAGAAUUUUACAGACCAAGUACACCAGCAUAUUAUUACUCUAUUAUAAUUACAAUUGAUAAAGUAAUUGAAGGAACUCCAUCGCCAGAAAGAAAUGAUAUAUUGAAACCAUAUAAGGCUGUUAAUGACCUAUUAGAAAAGGUGUCAACUCAUCCGGAACAAAUAAACUAUUAUAGAUCAUUAAUAUUAACACUGUACUUUAUACCAAUGUUUAGAGAAGAGAUUCUAAGAGCAGAGUUGAAGGAACCUGCCACAAUAUUUUAUCAAUUACAACGUUUAUUCUUUUUCUUUAUCAAUCAUAACGAAGUGCAAGAUUAUAACUUCUACAAGUCGGUCAAAUACUUUGUAAAUUCAAACCUUUUUAAUAGGUUUGAAUUUUCUAAAAUUUUAGAAAAAACAGUGGCCGAAAUAUCAGAAAAAUCCAAAGUUGUUGAAUCUAUAAUCCCUCUUUCUCAAGACCAAAUUAAAUCAUUUCAAAGUCGUUUCACCUAUAAGGAAAAUCAAAUAGAUAAGGAAGAAUUCGAGAAACACGAUAAUUUUCAAGUAUUUGAUGAAAACCAGAACCCAUCUGUUACAAGUUUGCACGGAAAUAAUGAACGAAUUACACCUGGGAAAACAAAAAUAAAUUCAUCAUUUAUGAAAAUCUAUGAAAAAGAUGCGACCACACUAUCCCUACCACUCAUUUUAAGUAUCCCAUAUGGCAUAACGUGUACCAGUCCAGCAGGAUUUGAAGAGAAACUAGUAGAAUAUAAUAAACUUACCAAAGAAUCUUUACAAAAUAUGCUUUUUAUAUCAACUGCAAGUAAAUCAUUAGAUUUGACUACUGCCCUACCAUCGAACAGUGAUUCGAUCUACAACAGAUUUCCAACAUUUAAGUUCCCAGAAGAGUUUACAAUUCUAAAAGAUAGGAGGUAUGUUUUAUACAGCGUUUGGUCAUACGAUAAACAUGAGUCAAAAGAAACAGAUAACAACCCAACAAUAAAUGGAACCCAUGUUACCUAUCUUCGUGACUUUUCAAAUAAAACCUGGAUUAAAAUGAAAUCAGAUUCUGUGGAAGAAGUCUCAUUCAACUAUGUACUUUUAAAUUCGUGUGGCAUAAACAAUGAUAGAAUAGUAAUGAAUCCAAUAACCCAUGACCUACCAAGAGAUUUAACUUUUUCUUAUAUGCUUUGUUAUAUUUCAAAAGAUAAAGUCAAUGAAAUGUUUAACUAUAAACUAAAUAAACCAUUACCAACAUUAGAACAAUUUAAAUCAUUAGAUGAUCUUUUAUUAAUUGAAGGUAAAAAAGAAAAAUUAGAGCAACAAAAAUUAGAGCAACAAAAAUUAGAAAAAAAAAGAUUAGAAAGAAUAAGAAUAAAACAAUUAAAACUAGAGUCCCAAAUACACCAAGAAAAAACAGACAAUAACGAAGUAGACCCUGAGCAAAAUGAAAGAAUGCUUUUCUCACAUUUAAGAAAUAUAAAAAAAUUACAUCAUCGACAACAAGAAGAACAAAUCGAAAAUGGUAUAACGGAAUUUGAACCGAAUAGUCUUAUGAUUACAAUUAAUGAUUUGCUUAAAAAGUAUGAUGAGGAUCUUGACUAUUCAGAUACAGAUACAGAAAAAGAAGACUAUACAAAAGAUGAUAUAUAUUUAUAUACACAAGACAAAAAACUAGAAAAUCAAAAUCAAAAUCAAAAUCAAAAUCAAAAUCAAAAUCAAAAUCAAAAUCAAAAUCAAAAUCAAAACCAACAAUCACAAAAUGACAAUAAUAAUAUGAAUAACAAUGAUAAUAUGAAUAAUGUAAAUAAUAAUAAUGAAGAAUUUUUAAAUAAAAUUGAUAACCUUACAAAUGCUAAUAAGAUUUUGGAAGAAAAAUGUGGAGUUUUAGAAGGAGUUAACCGAGAAAAAGCUUAUGUAGAGUCCCAGCUUAAAGACCAGGUUGCCAAGGUAGAUAGAUUAGAACAGCAAUUGUUAUUUGUAGAUGGUAUAGUUAAAACUCAAAUUGUAGAUAUUCAUAAAAAAUGGCAAGAAGAAUCCAAAAAAUACUUUGAAGAACUUCAAUGGCAUAUUAGAAAAUAUAACGAACUAUCCAAAGAAAAUGAGGAUCACAUUACUGAAAAGAAUCAAUUCUUUGAAGAGAAAAGGAAAUUAUUUGAAGAGAAAUCGCAAUUGAUUGACACAAGAAAUGAACUUUUAAAGGAAACUAAAGAAUUAAAACUACAGCUUCAAUCUCAAAAUCAAUCAAAGCUUUCAUCAACAUUGCAACUAACAAAUUCAACUCAUUUGGCUUUUGAUCAACUAAAAGUACAAUUAGAUAUCAGUGAGUCUCAAUUGGAACAGUAUGAUUAUUCUCAAGUUUUAGAGUUACAAAAAGAAAUAAACAAGCUUCAAGAAAGGGUUAGAAAAGAUUUAAAGAAUAAAAACAAAUGUAAUAUUUGUUUUGAAAAAGAAAAAGAAAUCGCCUUUUCUCCAUGUGGCCAUUUCUCAUCUUGCGAAAACUGUUGUAAAGAUUUAACAAUAUGUCCACUGUGUAGAGAAAAAAUUCAGCAAAAAAUCAAAAUUUUAUCAUAGAUGUAAAUUUUUUUUUUUAUUUUCCCAAUUUUGGUACCAGGAAUAUAAAAAAUAAAAAAAAAAAAACAAUAAAAUUAAUAAACUAUAAAAUUUAU